AUGACAGGUUCACAGGGCCCUAAAAUUCUCCUCCUCACGAAUAGCGAAUUCGGUGAAGCCAAUGUUUUUCUGGCAACCUCGCAUGCCAUAUUGCAAGCUGACCCAACUGUCGAGCUCCAUUUUGCCACUUUCGGUGGUCUAAGGGAAUCAGUCGCAAUGGUAUCCCAAAAGAUUCAAGCCACUAUCCCUGAAACAAAACCGAUAGUUUUCCAUAAGAUCCAUGGCUUGACCAUGUCUGAGAGUCUCCGAAAUGCACAUCCGUUUCCGGCUUCCUUCCUGGCGCCGCCUGGGUUUUUAAACACCAUCCGAGCCAUCCGAGACACGGUCCAAAUCUUUGUGCCUUACAGCGGGCCGCAGCUAGUUCAGAUUUUCCUCUCCAUUGUUGGAAUUAUCAACACCGUGAACGCCGACUUGAUCGUGGUGAACAGCUUAAUGACAACAGGGCUGACUGCUUGCUGCCACUUGGGUGUUAAAUUUGCCUGCCUGAGUCCCAACUCCAUAAAAGAUUUUGCAGCAUCAAAGCAGCCCUGGGCAGCUGCACUUUGGAAGUUCCCUGCACUAGAUGCCGAAAAAUACCUGAUGGUGCACACUGGUGCACAUCUCCGUACACCCGUGGACCUCCUUCACAACCGACUGGCACAUCUGAAAAUCCUUGUUAGCACGCUUCCUGAACUCGACUUUCCCCUCAUCAUCCCCGAGAAUAUAAUCCCUUGUGGGCCAAUUCUCAAACCCCAUCAGUGCGUUUCCGGCUCGGACUUGGAACUGGGAAACUGGCUGGCUCUUGGAUCAACCAUAUACGUGAACCUCGGUUCUAUCUGCCAACUCACUGCAAGUCGGGCUAUUGAACUUGCAUUCGCACUGAAGACAACCCUGGAGGUGCUGAGAGUGCAGGCAAAUUCUUCUCGAUUUCAAGUUUUGUGGAAGCUCAAGUUGGUGGAAGAUGAUAGCAUGCCCGAUUCGGACGAUAACAUUGAAGCUGUUCUUGGUGAUUUCAUUCAAGAUGAUCUGGUGAGAAUUGCUGCUUGGAUUGAAGUUGAGCCGAGUUCAAUCCUUCAGUCAGGCCACAUCGCGUGCUCGGUACAUCAUGGAGGCGCAAACUCAUAUAACGAGGCUAUCAAGGCCGGGGUUCCCCAGGUAGUCCUACCACAAUGGACCGACUGUUACGACUAUGCGCAGCGAGUUGAAUUGCUCGGGAUCGGUCGCCUAGGGAGUAGGAAGGCCAAGCCGCAUUGGUCGGCAGAUGAGCUCUCCAAGGCGCUUUUGGAUGUCUUGAUCAGUGAAAGUUCAGCUGCUAUAAAAGAUAAAGCCAUUGGACUAGCGAACCUCUGCGAUGAAAAAGGAAACGGCGCAGAUGUUGCGGCUCGUGUUCUCUUGGAUGAGUGUCGCAACACCGUACCUUUGGGUUCUGGAACGGACAAAUGCAGCGCGUUGGCGAGAACUGGCACUACGCGUUCUGCGUCAGGGAAGAUUAUUUAG